AUGGCCUCCUCCCAAGUGGAGCCACGUGUGCUCGAGCACCUGGACCAGUGGGUCAACCAGGAUAAGCAACCUAUCACCGCACGCUAUCUGUCGGCCUACUUCGACAUCCCCAUCAACCAAUCGAGAGGCAGCGCCUGGUCGUCGCACCUGAACGCCCUGAGCGUGCCCUUCCUCAAACGCUAUACCGCCCUCCCCCUGAAGCCGCUGGCCUCUCUCAAGGGCGAUGUGUCGCUUCCUGGGGCCGCGGCCCCCCCGCCGACGCCCGUCGCACCCAAGCCCCUGCCGGCCGACCCGCGUGCCGGCCUGACCCCGUCCACUCCGAGCACCCCGAAGCCGGACGAGCCGGUCGUCCCGAAGCUGGUUCCCCAGCCCGCCCAAUCGAAGCUGUCCAUGCAAUCGACUGCCUCUUCCUCGUCCUCUUCAUCUUCCUCGUCCUCCUCGUUCGAAGUUUCGCCCAUGAGCUCCCUCCAGCAUGUGGACGAUGUGCAAGCGCCAAGUGCCCGCAAGACCGAGGCGGCUCCGCGCCCGGGCAUGCGUGCCGUUCACAAGCGCGAGGUCACGCGCUGCGAGCGCACCGGGCGCACCACCACCCGCUAUGUGACCGUUUGGGAGGAGGUCGAUCCGGACACUGCCACCAGCGAGCAGGCCCCGCAGGAGCCCGCCCCGGCGCCCUUGCUGGAGCCUGCCCCGACUGCCACCUCGGCUGCUCCGACUGGCUCGGCCAACAAACGCCCCGCCCCGGCUGCGGCUGCCAAGAAGGGUACCGCUCCGCCUGCCAAAAAGCAGGCCACCUUAGGCGCCUUCUUCAAACCCAAGCAGUAG